UGAACUUGUUGAAAUGGCGUUAAUCGUUGGCGCGCACAAAUCUGAGGAUGUAUUCUUUGAAUUUGAUGAUUUCGAUGAGGACGAGUUGGGAAAAAGUUUCCUUGUAGAAACUUUACAAAGGAUAGAAGACGACUUCAUGGGAAAUCCUAGACAUUACACUCUAUUCACCGGUGCUGCUAGUGGCAGUGAUAUGUUCUGGCAAAAUUUGGGAGCAAAGUACGGUGUUCGCAUAAAAGCGUUUUCCUUUGAGGCACAUGGAGGAAAAAAUACUGCUAGAGUUGUUCUUAGCAACGAACAAUUGAAACAGGCUGAUGAAUUCUUACUUAAAGCGAACAAAACUUUAAAGAGGCAUUUCCCGACAAGCAACAACUUUGUAAAUAAUUUACUUCGUCGUAAUUGGUACCAAGUGAAAGAUUCAAACGGUGUGUUUGCCAUUGGCAAACUUAGUGCGAGUCGAAGCAGAGUCGAGGGUGGCACAGGAUGGGCUGUGCAAAUGGCAGUCGAUUCCAAAAAACCCGUGUAUGUGUUCGACAUCGUGAAUAGUUUGUGGCAACAGUUCGAGGAUCGCAAGAGGAAAUUUGUGUAUUGUGAAGCUCCAAGGCUGACUUUAAAUUUUACAGGCAUCGGAACAAGGGCUUUACCAGAGAAUGGAAAAGUUGCUAUUGAAAAAAUAUUCGAAGAAACUUUUGGAUCUCUGUCAAGAUUCAGGAGUUAAUGGUAUGAGGACAUUGUUACUACAAGCGACUGAAUUUUGACAAGGAUAUUAUUAAUAGUGAUAAUAUUUAUUAACUUUUAUAAUAAAGUUCAGAU